CAUUGACUUCACUUAGAGCUGCAGCUGCGUAUCUCCGUGUUCAAUUUGUAUUUAAUUUCAUUUAAGGUUUAUCGCGAUUGUGAAAAUAAGUAAGACAUGGCAACAAAGUCAAGGCUGAUAAAUUUCUUGAGCGAGGAGCGGUACUCGGUGCUGUCGGCGCGCUACGCAGCAUUCCACGAGGCCAUGAACGAGCCUACACGGCCCGUGGUGCGCGUCUACGACCCCCUCGGAUCGCGCCACCUAUGCGAGCUGCAGCUCGUCAGGAAAGUUAGCGCGGAGCUGCAGCAGAAGAAACAGGAAGAUAUGAAGAAAGCGAAAGCUGCGAACUAAAUGUCAGCUUGAAGAAACAAUACUUCUAUGUACAAACAGGUACAUGUAUAAAUUAGUUGACAACAUUUGAAGAUAU